CGUGAGGUGCAGAUGUUAUACAGAGCGCGACUGGAUAACGCCCGACGUGACCGAACAACACGGCCCCAGCACUGCAGCAUCAGAGCCGGCAUGCGGCAGGCAGAGAGCAGAUUAUGGUAGGACAGAGUCGCCCCAGGCGUCGUUUCAGGUUACCAAAAAUUCCCGAAGAAGAGGAAGAAAUUAUUGGACAGGACACGCAGUCGCCAGACGAGGGAGAGCAGAGAGGGCCACAGCCCUCGAACGGGUCCCCUGAAAAUCAACUCAUUGUCGAACUCAGAGUGACAAGAAACAACAUCCAAGCUAAAAACGAAGAAUACACAAGUACCAGCACGGAUAAAGUGCAAGAAAUAACUGAAGAUCCUGUUUACGAGAACAUAGAAAACAUUCGGUUAAGGCAGCGAAAACAAAAAAUCUGUGGUGAAAAGUUGGGUAACAUUAUCGAGUGUGCCACCAACAUAGACAGUAAUGAACUUACAAAAGAAUUCAGUAAAGACUUUGUGGCUUCCGAAGUAUCAAAACCAGUGAUUUGCGAUGGUGAUGAUUGUAAGAGUGAUUGUGUGAAUUACAAACUGAGUAAUUUAGUAAACGUAAUUAAUCAAAAUCCCAUUUCUAGUUUUAUAAAUAACGGGAAAUGCAUUAAAGAUAACGAAGAAAGUGCGAGCAAAUCCCUAACCGAAUACAAGAACUUUCCAGAUGUUAAUAACAACAAGUGUAGAAACGAAUUAAAAACCGAAUAUAAUUACAACGUCAGUACAGAAGAAAACAAUAAAGCGAACAGUGAAGUUAACAACAACGAAACCCCAGAACAAAGCGAAAACGCAACCGAAACAGAGAACCCAAAACUUAAUGAGCGCACAAUAAUAAAUUCGAACGGUAACAGAUCAGUUAUCUCAAAUAAUAGUGAAAAUAACCCAAGUUUGACGACCACCUUCAUGAAAAGUGUUAGGAAGCUCCGACAAGGCAGUUCCAAAAGUAGGAAGCCGAAAGAUAGAGACGACGUAAAGGGCAACAGAAGCGACGACAUCACGCGCGGUGCACAUGUCGCCACGAACACCAGAAGGAUGAAGAUGACCAGCGAACGUUCUGUAUCGUGCGAGACUCUCAUCAUAGAACCCAGUUUACAAGAUUGGGAUGAGUGGGAAGCGAGGGAUCCUUCAACUAUGCCAUCUAUGGUAAGCAGAAGAAAGAUCUUGCAACGCCGCACGCUGGCCCCUAAGCAAACAGACUACGAAGAUAAUGAAAACGGGGGCGUUUCUCAUUGUGCAGGCGAAGAGAAACAUUGCCAACCAGAAGAAAUAUACGCCACGAUGGAUGUCAAUUUCGCAACUGAAGCACACGACGUGAAUGAUCAGAAAGGCAAUAAAAUGAUAAACAAAUGCAAUGGUAACGAGUCUGAUUACAUUCCCAAGAACAAAGUGAUUUUUUCCUCUCCUAAUAGACCGAACAAUAAAGAAAGGUUAAAAUUAUCUCACAAAACUACGGACAAGAAGGAUUCCAGUGGAGUUGUGAGAAAGCAGAAUCUUGAAGAGCAAAAUAGUAAGGGAAUUUUCAAGCAUAUCUCCGCUUCGGGUUCUCCCGACCAAAGUUCGACAAAAUGCGAGCUUUCUGCUAGCGAAAUUGAAGAAGAAGGCUAUGGCAACGUCACGGGACAAGAAGAUGCAGCUUUAGAUGCCAUUUCGCGAAACAAAGACGAUUCUCUGUAUGCUUAUGAAGGCAGGCAGCACUUGUGCCAUUUGCAAGCUCCAAAAGAGGGCCAGGCAGAUACUCUUGACACCGAUUCGUGUGGUUACCAAGAUGAACGCGAAAAAGGUUCACCGGAUUUCGGAGGCGAGACGAAAGAAGUGCUUUGUAGUUUUCAAGGAAAUCACACGAAUAUUGGAUGUCCUCAGGAUGGUAGUUUUGAUGAUCGUUCAGCUAGUGAAUAUGAAAAAAUUGUAGGUUCUUGCGGAUUUCCAAUUAGUUCUAACGGAGAUGGCGGAAAAACAACGGUUUCUGAUAAUCAUGAAGCUGAAACAGAAAACGGUCUGCACCCAGACCAAAAAUGUGAGAAUUCAUACGACUCUCAUGAAUAUGAAACAGUAACCCUAAAAAACGAACACGCUGAAGGAACACUCAAAAAGAACAAAUUUGAGUCAUUGUCAAAUGUCGAUACGUUAUUGAAAAAUAAGAAUAACAGAGCCACAACACCUAAUGAUAUUGUUCAGGGUAACGAUUCGGAUGACGAUAUUUCUUCAGGAAAUUGCAAUCCAGAAACAAAUGACGAGCCCUUGUAUGACGUUAUAGAAAAUGUGCUUCGACCGAAUAUAGAGGAAACAAGUGAUGGAUGCGUCAACUUGCCACCCAAAAAUGAAACGUCGGCGAAAAACUUCAACGAAAGAUCGCCGAAAAGUGAGCAGGAACUGAUGAGAACUGAAGAAGCGUCUGUGAGUAAUGCUGACGUAUCGGUUAGUACUGACGGAAUCGAAACCUCAUUAAGAACUGAUGGCAUGGAGACAAAGACACGAAAUGCAGAAGAUUCAAUGGAUAUUGCUGAAAAUGACAUUAAAAAUCCACACGAGUGUGAUGAGCCAAUUUAUCAAGACCCAGAUGAAUGCAAGAGAGAAAUAACCGAGCAUCCGGCAACGCUAGGAAUCAUGAUUGAGGGCUCAGCUGUGAAUGGUUACAAGGAAGCUCUACAGAACGACGACCUAAUCAUUAUCGAUAAGGAGCGACUAGAAGAGAAACUGGAACCCGAUGACGAUGUGGCAGAGCUGGGCGACCACGGAACACAAGUCACCGAAAAGUUGGACAAACUUGUCAACAACGAAGAACAUGUUGCCGACAAGCUCGUCCGACCAACGAACAAGAUAACGAUUGUUUCUGAGGGAGCUUCGCAACCUCGAUCGAUGAGCAGCGACAACGUGGGAAAAUUUCGGAGUCAUUUCGAAAGCUCGACAGUUAGUGCUCCAGGCACUCUCCGAGGGAAUUGUUCACGUCCAUCACAAACGUCGCUCAUAAAUCCUAGCGUGGAAAUAUGCACGUCAGACGCAACGUGCCAAACCAUUCCUCGGAGACAACUGAACAAAACAACGGCUCCCAAGUCCUGGCUGAAAUCCCUGCAAAUGAAUGACCUAGCACCACAAGUCGAGAACAGACUGCCGUGUCACGUAUUGAGAAUCACCGCAGAGAUCGCCGAGUACCAAAAGCGUUCAGAAGACAUUAAACGAAUGGCUACACGAGCAACAGGGUACAUUGAAAACGAUAACGAAGAUUACGAUUACAUACGGACAAACCGAGGAGAAUUCGGGACACCCACACAUAUGUCAACAUUGUGCAAGGGGGACUCUGAACCAAAUGCUGCUAAAAAUUUGUCGAAUUCUUUAACAAAAACGUCGCAAAGCACAGAGGAUCUAAAAUGCAACACAAAGAUGGCGUCAAACAUCGCAGUGUCAAAGAAAGAAUUCAUGUCGGAGCUGAGCGCCACGCUGCUCAAGCAGAGUUCGGUGUCGGAAAAUUGGCCUCACUCGGAUAACGUUGGACCUUCUUCGUACCUCGCACACUCCAAAAUCUUGGAGAAGCUCAAGCAAUUCAAACAAGGUAGCCACGAUGCCCCUCGUAAAUCCCAGCACAUAGAAUCGGUGACGACAAGUGCCGGCAAAACGGUGCAUUUAAGGAAGCCUGUUUUGGCCAAAGGAUUUAACGUACAGAAAGCUUUGCAGGACAAGCCUAGGGAUUUCCACGUCAGGCAGCAUCGCCCACAAAACAAAUUCUUCAACAGCGAAAUGAGGAUAAGAAGUAAAAGUGAAAGUUACAGCUCGAGCGCAAGCAAGACACAUGCAAGAGAAGGCGGAGGAGACGUGGAAAGCGUUUCGUCUGACACCAGCGACGACAGCGGUGUCUGUAAUGACAGCUCCGUGUCGUCCUCUAAACCCUGCAAGGUUCCGAAAAACCUCGUGACUAAGAGAGCACAAAACAUCAAAGCUGGUGAAAGCGAUGGUUUCUUGAGCACCGUGCCAGACUUCCAAAUGAAAUCUAAUGUCGAGGAUUUCGAUGACAAUAGCGUUAAGUGGAUCGACCCUGAGGUGCUUGCAAAAAUACGUUCGGUGGGCACUACGGUGAUUUUUUUCGGGAAGCGCCAGCCCGUCGCGCAAAAUGCAUCUCCAAAAAGCGACUCCCGUCAUCGCAGAAGUGAUGGCAGGCACGACCUGUGGCAAGUCCGUGAAAAUAGGAAAAACUUUGGAAGUGACUCGAGCAAGAGCCAAAAAUCCAUCAAAAACUAUGACGGAAAUUGGGUUGGCGACGACAGCGACAGAAAACACGAUAAAAGAGAACUCAGCAGCGACGUCACCGACUAUCACUCUGGGACAGUCAGCAAGGUUUCACAGCAAGAUUUAACCUGUAAUAAAAAUAUGAGGACGAGUAUUAAAUUGCUCGAAAAACCCGGUAAUGAAAAUCUCACGCAUGACUCGCUGCAAUCAGGAAAAUUAAUUGGUAUGAAUCACAAUGAAGAACCAAUUUACAGUAACCUGCUAAAUUCGAAACGGAAUGGAUCCGAACCUGCGACCCUCGGGAGCGAAGACGUGAGGAAGCAAUUAGCGUUGGCGCUUAAAUCAGAGCUACGCAAAUGCAACAACCUUGAUGACGAACAUGAUGAUCGAAUUCAAAUGAAUUACCCUUUGAAAUCCCGAGAUUAUUCGAGAUCAGCAAGUCGCUCAGAUCUCAUCAAAUCGGAACGACAGAAGGAGACCGAUGAAGCUGUCUACCAAAAUGGAAAUAGAUCAGAUAUCAAUAAUGGGCUUCAGAAGUGUCGAGAUCAUCGCGAGUCAGCGAAGAUUCUUGGAUCGGAAGAUCAUGCAGGACUGGUGAUCAGUUCAGACACGUGGAAAGGAAGGACAGAUGCCUCAAGCAACGUCAUGAGGAUCAGGGUACGUCAAGAAAGAGAAAUUGAGGAGCGGGAAGCUGUGAUGCAGCUCGCUAGUGAGACCGACACUGAGUCAGGCAGUUCCACAGCGUCCACACCUCGAGUCGUAGGAGUCGUCAGGAAGGAUCAAUAAUGAAACAAAACUGACCACGACAUGAACAUAAGGAUACAAAAAAAACACAUAAGGGUACAAAAUCGGUGUCAAUUCCUUCGUUCAUGUGCGGAUUCCAUGCACACAAACAAUUCAGGGUUAAAAAAUAUAACUCAAUACUCACUGCAGUGAGUGACAGAUAGC